AUGGAGCACCGGCUCCUGGUGAGAUCAAAGCCUGGCAGCUUGGUCGAGUGCAGUCUCAUGAGGCAGGUAGCACGAGAUGCAUGUGCAGACCCGGGCCUUGCAGACACUGGCACCUCUGACCCCGUCAGUCCAGAGCACCUCACCUCUGAUCCCCAGCACCGGAAAGCAGCGUGGUCAGGAGGAGCUAAGCUUCGGCUGAAGCACAGGCGCAGCGAACCUGCAGGCCGGCCGCACUCUUGGCAUUCAACCAAAAUUGGGGAGCACCAACCCAAUGCCAGCAUGAUGCAAAUAUCUCCGGGCACGAUUGGCCCUCCUUGGCCCCAGAGCUACCAUUCCAGCUCCUCUACGAGUGACCUCUCCAACUAUGAGCAUGCUUAUCUGAGGCGGAGCCCUGACCAGUGCAGCUCCCAGGGGAGCAUGGAGAGCCUGGAGCCCAGUGGGGGAUACCAGCCCUGCCAUCUUCUUUCCCCUGCCAAGUCCACCAGCAGCAUUGACCAGCUCAGUCACCUACAUAACAAGAGAGACUCGGCCUACAGCUCCUUCUCCACCAGUUCUAGCAUCCUAGAGUAUCCACCUCCUGGCAUCUCGAGUCGGGAGCGUUCAGGCUCCAUGGACACCACUUCUGCUCGAGGUGGCCUCCUGGAAGGGAUGAGGCAGGCAGACAUUCGCUAUGUCAAGACAGUCUAUGAUCCCCAGCGGGGCGUCUCAGCAGAGUAUGAGGUGAACUCUUCAGCCCUGCUUCUCCAAGGUAGGGAGGCCCAUGCCUCAGCAGACGGCCAGAGCUAUGAUAAAGGGCAUAAUGUUCCUCGGGGCAGGGGAGCGCCACCCCCAUCCUGGAGCCAGCAGUGUCCCAGUUCCUUGGAGACUGCCGUUGACAACGUGCCUCCUAAAGUGGGUGCACCACUGCCCCCAGCUCGGAGUGACAGUUAUGCAGCCUUUCGGCACAGGGAGCGGCCCAGCUCUUGGUCUAGUCUUGACCAGAAACGGUUCUGCCGGCCUCAGGCAAACUCUUCAGGUUCCCUGAAACCUCCCUUCAUAGAGGAACAGCUGCAUACUGUGCUGGAGAAGAGUCCAGAGAGCAGCCCCCCAGUGAAGCCCAAGCAUAAUUACACCCAGAAGGCCCAGCCUGGCCAACCUCUGCUGCCGACUGGCAUCUACCCAGUGCCUUCCCUGGAGCCACACUUUGCCCAGGUGCCUCAGCCCUCUGCAACUAGUAACGGCACGCUAUACCCUGCACUGGCCAAGGAGAGUGGAUAUACAGCUCCGCAGGGAGCCUGUGACAAGAGGGCUACCCUUGAUGAGAAUGGAAACCAAAAUGGGUCUAGCAGGCCUGGGUUUGCCUUCUACCAACCCCUAGAACACGAGUCUUUGUCCCCAGUAGAGAGAAUACCUGAAACGCCAGCCAAAUGUGUCUCCUACAAAGUCCAUUUCCCUUCAGUGCCUGAGAAUGAGGAGGAUGCCUCCCUGAAGACGCAUCUCACACCUCUCCAAGGCAACAGCCCACAUCCCAGUGAGAGAAAGAGCCCCCACGGCAAUAAACCAUCUCCUAAUUACCACCGUGUCCAGUGCCCUCAGGCUCAGGCCUGGCAAGUGGGCGAAGACAAGAGAUCUGCCAGGCCCUCAGAGCCUUGGGUGGGUGAUUUCCAAGAAGACCACAAUGCCAACCUCCAGCAAGGGCUGGAGAGAGAAGGCCUAAGCCAGAGCCCGUCAGGCAACUUUGUCAAGACCAAGUCAGCCUUCUCCUCUCUUCAGAACAUUCCCGAGAGCCUAAGACGGCAAAGCAGCCUGGAGCUGGGAGGCACCACGAAGGCAGAGGACCCUGGGAGGAAAGUUGUUCCAGAUCACAGGAGCCAUCUGGACAGGCCGGUUUCCUAUCCAAGGCCUGAGGGGAAAACCGGUGCUUUGUCCUCUUUUCACCUUUCAGACCCAAGGUAUGAAGAGCUGCCCUCCCCACCCCACCAGCAGACCUCCAGUCUGGGCCGGAGGAGGCUCAGCUCCAGCGGAGCCGCAGCUCUGCAGGGCUUUCAGUACGGGAAGCCCCACUGCUCUGUGCUGGAGAAGGUUUCCCAGAUUGAGCAGAGAGAGCAAGGGCGUCAGAGACCCCCAAGUGUGGUCAGCGCCAUUAAUGGCUAUAACUACAGGCCUAACAAGAUGGCCCCAACUUCCAGUACUUCCAGGAAUGACUUCCAGGAGACGAAAGCCAAUAGCCGUUUUUCCGAAUCCACUGAACCCCUAGGCAAUGGGGAGCACCACUUCAGAAACGGGGAACCGAAGGUGGAAGAGGUUUCCUGGCAGCCAAGUGGUCAACCGCUGAAGAGGGGUGCGGAGGGCAGCCAAGGCUCCCCACUCCGCGGCAGUGAGCCCCCCAGGCGGGACGCUCGCCUGCUCCGCAGCCAGAGCACCUUCCAGCUCUUCAACGAGGCCGAGGAGGAUGCCAAGUGGCGGGACAGCCGGCCGGGCACACCCGAGUCGCCCGUCCUGGAUGCGCCCUUCAGCCGCGCCUACAGGAACAGCAUCAAGGAUGCACAGUCCCGAGUCCUGGGGGCCACCUCCUUCCGCCGCCGAGACCUCGAGCCAGGGGUGGCCGGGACUUCCAGGCCCUGGCGCCCGCGACCAGCCUCGGCCCACGUGGGCCUGCGGAGCCCGGAGGCCCCAGCAUCCGCCUCCCCGCACACCCCACGGGAGCGGCACAGCGUGACCCCUGCCAAGGGGGACCAGGCCCGGCCCGCGCCGCCUGCUGCCCGGAGGGGACCCCGCCGCCGCCUGACCCCCGAGCAGAAGAAGCGCUCCUACUCGGAGCCUGAGAAGAUGAACGAGGUGGGGGUGUCGGAGGAGGCCGAGCCGGCGCCCCUGGGCCCGCAGAGGAAGGGGCUGCGAUUCCCCGAGAGCACGGUGGCCGACCGGCGCCGCAUCUUCGAGCGGGACGGCAAGGCCUGCUCCACGCUCAGCCUGUCGCUCAGCCUGUCGGGGCCCGAGCUGAAGCAGUUCCAGCAGAGCGCCCUGGCCGACUACAUCCAGCGCAAGACGGGCAAGCGGCCGGCCUCCGCCGUGGGGGGCGGCCUGCAGGAGCCGGGGCCGCUUCGGGAGCGCGCCCACAGCACCCUCCUGCAGCCCGGCCCCGCCGCGCCCGAAGGCCCCGGUCUCUCCUCGGCCUCCAGCCUCUGCUCACUGCAGGAGCCCGGCCUGCAGCCCCGCAGGGAGGCCGCCCUCCUACUGGCGGCAGGGGGCAGUGGGGAGCCCCCACGUGGGGCCCGAGAUCGCAGCAGCUCCUUUGCGAGCGGCCGUGUCCUGGGAGAAAGGCGACAUGGGGACCAAGCCCCAAGGGAGCUGCUCGGUGGAGCUAAAGGUGGUGGACCAAAGGGCACCCAGAAGGUGGACAGGACCGCUGGGGAGCCCUCCUCGUGGGCGGCUGCGUCCGGGAGGGCCGGGAAGUCCAUGUCGGCUGAGGACCUGCUGGAGCGCUCGGAUUUCCUGGUGGUCCCUGUCCAUGUGAGGUCAAGGUCAUCUCCCACCACCCACAAGAAGCACCAGGAUGUGCUUUUGGGGGAAAACAAUGGCUCUGGUCUUGUGAAGGACCCAUGUCACUUGGCAGGCCCUGGAUCCAGGUCACUCAGUUGUGCAGAAAGAGGCGGAGAAGGGACGCUCUUGCUCAAACACCACCCCAGCCCUCAGUGGGGUGGUCCAGGCUGCAAAGCAGUUGGUGCCUCAGUUCCCAGCGAAUGUCCUGGACAGCUGGACCAUCAGAGGCAGGCCAGCCGAAGGCCUUGCCCCAGGCCACUGCCCGCAGGAAUGCAAGGGCAUCUCACAGACACCAGGGCUGUACCUCUGAUCCCCCUUGGCUCAGCUCUGCCUUCCCCCGUCCCCUCCAGCUACUGUUCACAGGCUGCAGGUGAUCAGCCGACCAGGAGGGACAGUCAGACUGGGCAGCAGCCUCUUCCGCCCUACACCCCAGCAGUGACUCACAGAAGCAACGGCCACAGCCUGGGCCAGCCCCCCAGCCCUAGAGGCCAGGGGCCUCCCAGCCCAGAGCACAGGGUAGAAGAGGGGAUGAGGAAGCAACCUCUCCUGUCUCGGGUGAAGUGGGCCCACUCCGUCAGAGAGAACAGCCUCCCCGAGGAAUCUUCCUUGCCCGAGUUUGCAAACCUGAAGCACUCUAAGCAGCAGCAGAAUCUCCCAAGUUCAAGCAGCACUUCCGACCCAGACACGCCUCUUGGGGUCCCAAGCACUCCGGGGAGGAUCUCCCUCCGAAUAUCAGAGUCGGCCCUGCAGGCCUCCCCUCUGCCUCGGGAGGACUAUGAUGAUGAAGUGUUUGUGAAGGACUUGCACCCCAAUGCCACGUCCAGUCCCACCUUGGAAGCUCUGCCCCCACCCCCACCUCCUCCUCCUCCUCCCCCGAGCCAGGAAACCCUCGUGAACAGCUGGGACGACUUUCCACCUCCUCCCCCCCAAGUUCUGUACGAGGCACAGCUGGACAGCGAGGAGAACAAGGAGCUGCCUGCGAGUGGCUCCAGCACACCUGCCAACUGGACCGUUGCCAAGCAGAGGCCCAUGCCUGGGACAGCCCACCUGACUGGUCAUCAGAUACUAGCUUCCAGAUCCCAAACUCCUGUCAAAGGGUCACAGGCCGGCGAGACCAGCCCGCCCUCCACCACGGGUGCUGUGCCCCAGCGAGCCGGGUCUCUUGGCUGGCAGCCAAGCCCAGGAAAGCCACCUUCCGUUCUGACCCAUGGCCUCACCCAUGACCCACUCAAUGGGACUCGGGUUGUAGAAAAGAAUGUCAGUUCUGGUCCUCAGAAGACGUCAGAAGACAUCAGAACGGAGGCUCUGGCCAAGGAAAUUGUCCAUCAAGACAAAUCUCUGGCAGACAUUUUGGACCCAGACUUCAGAAUGAAGACAACUAUGGACCUGAUGGAAGGUUUGUUUCCUCGCGAUGUCACCUUGCUGCAGGCAAACAGCAAAAAGAGGAAGGCCGCGCAGAGAACCGUCAGCUGCCCAGGGUACGAGGGCAAGAGGAGUGAAGAUAAGGAAGCAGUGGGCAUGUUGGUCAACUGCCCUGCCUACUACAGUGUGUCGGCUCCCAAGGCUGAACUUCUGAACAAAAUCAAAGAUAUGCCAGAGGAGAUGAAUGAGGAAGAGGAGCAGAUGGAUGUCAACGAAAAGAAGGCCGAGCUGAUCGGAAGCCUCACCCACAAGCUUCAGACUCUCCAGGAAGCGAAGGGGAGUCUGCUGAUGGACAUCAAGCUCAAUAACGCCUUGGGAGAAGAGGUGGAGGCUCUGAUCAGUGAGCUCUGCAAGCCCAAUGAGUUUGACAAGUACAAGAUGUUCAUCGGGGACUUGGACAAGGUGGUAAACCUGCUGCUGUCGCUCUCGGGGCGCCUGGCCCGCGUGGAGAACGUCCUCAGUGGCCUUGGUGAAGAUGCCAGUAAGGAAGAAAGGAGCUCCCUCAACGAGAAGAGGAAGGUCCUGGCGGCCCAGCAUGAGGAUGCCCGGGAGCUCAAGGAGAACCUGGACCGAAGGGAACGCGUGGUGUUGGACAUCCUGGCCAAUUACCUUUCCGAGGAACAGCUCCAGGAUUACCAGCACUUUGUGAAAAUGAAGUCGACACUCCUCAUUGAGCAGCGGAAGCUGGACGACAAGAUCAAACUGGGCCAGGAGCAAGUCAAGUGCCUGCUGGAGAGUCUCCCCUCAGAUUUCACCCCCAAGGUGGGGGCCAUGGCCCUGCCCCCAGAACUCACGAGCGAAAUGACUCCUGUCGGGGGAUGUACUUUCAGUGGUAUUUUCCCAGCCUUAACCUCUCCACUUUAACCUCUUAUAAAACAUCCAACCAAAAGAUCACACUUUCUUUCAACCUUAUUUAAUCUGAAAAAUGUUUCAGUACAAACCACUGUUUAAACCCUGUGGGGUUGGGGGCGGGGGGCUUUCUGGAUAAACGAAAAAGAUUGUAUCCAGGAAAAAAACAAAAACAAAAACACUGUUUUCCUUCUCGCCCUUCGUGAUUGAUCUGAGAGCUUGAAUGCUGCUGGGAACUUAUCCCUUUCUGUUAUUACUUUGUAAUAGAAAGGAAAUUAAUGAUAACUGUGAGAACUGAUAGGAGGUUGUUUGAUUAUUUAGUUUUCAACAGGCUUAAGCAUCAGAGAUCAGUGUGUGUCCCUCUCAGGAAUGUAUCCACAGUGGCCUUCUUGACUUGUGGGCAGUGUAUCCUGACAACAGACUCCAGCACUCAUUAAUGAAGGAUCUGCAACAUAAAGCCUUAAAGAGAAACACACACAAAAUUGUAAAACCUUAA